UCGUUUCCUCACCGGUCGCGGCCUCCCUAUGCAUUCCGCUAGAAUCCUAGCCGUGGCAACGCCUCGUCACUGCCUCGAUCGUCUUCCGGGAAUUACACCUAACUAACCGGUCUCCCACGUGGCCACGUGGAGAACACGAGGAAAACAAAAUUGUACGAUCUCCGAUCUCUCCGCUCUCCUAUCCGAACUGCGAUUUUUUCCACUCGAUUCAAACCCAGUUUCCCCCCAUCUUCCCAUCCCGUGUUUCAGAUUCCACGCUAAGUUUCAUUCGGCCAAUUAUAUAAAAUUGUCAUCGGGCAACCUGUAUAUAAUACAUAUAUAUAUAUAUAUACACACAUACAUGCAUAUAUAUAUAUAUGCAUGAAGAUGAAGAUUGAACAAAUGCGGUAACGUGACAAAUGGUGAUAGUGUUGGUGAAUACGAUUCCUCCUAUAUUUUUCGUACAUGUCGUUCACGCGGUUCGGUGGAUUUGAUCGGUCUUGUCCUCGGUUCUCGUGCGGGGAUUGAACGGAAGGGUGUUUCGCCAGUGGCAGGAAAAUUGGACGAGAAUGAUGCGUCGAAUCUGAUUCUUUUGAAAAAAAAAAAAAAAAAAAAACGGUGGAGAGAUGGAGGGGAUGAUAAAGGGUGGUAAGCGAAAGUGACAAGAAAUUUGACUCGACAAUCAUCGCCAUCCAUCCUCAUUUAAAAUGCAUCGAAACGUCAGUUUCGUUACGUUCAAGUGCGCAAAAUUGAAAUCUUCCUGAUGUUGGACGACGUCGAAUCAAGGCGUUUAGUGAUCCGUUAAACUAUGUCAAAUUGAAAGAUCGACGAAUUAUGCCGACACACAUACAAAUUAUCAUCAACUUCAUAUGAAGUCCACGGAGCGUUGCACAACUAUUACAAUACUGGUUAACACGCUUCGUGUAUAUGUUUUUAAUUUUUGUUUUUUUUUAAACGAAAAAUGUAUUUGAAAAGUGUGGGGAUAUUAAGUGAUUUUCGGUCACUGUAAAAAUGUCUUGCAAACGUCUCUGAUAUAUGUCAACCACGAUUGAUUAAUAAAAAAAAAAAAUUAUGGAACUGAAAAUUUUCGAUUUUUAUAUACAACAAUAAUGAUAAUAAUAACGAAGUGUGUCGGAACUCGAUCAGUCUAAAAUAUCGAUAUACACAUUUUUUUAUCUUAACAACAUUUUUUAAAAUCCGUAAAAAAUCUAAAUCAAUAGUGCUUAUCGUCGUAACAUUGUUUCCAAGCAAUUAAGUUGAUUAAAUUGGGAAAAAAAUACUUUUGCCAAUUUUUAUUAUCGAUCACAAGACCACGCCUGAAAGUUAAAUUUUAUCGUUACAAAUAAUCCUGAUUACGGGAUGACGUAGAAGGAAAAUUGGCAACAGAACAGUGAUAUAUCAAGAAUUCUGUGUGCAAUUUUAUCAAACAUGCCUGGACUUGGGAUCAUUUCGAUAAAGGAUGACGGUGAAAGUGAAGGAAGUGAAGGUGUCAAAAAAAUCGAUCGUUCGAGAAGAAGAGUUUAUCGUAAAUUUCCAUAUCAAGUGAAGAUACGAUAACGAUUGAAAAUACCAUUUGCGAUAAAAUUUACAUCGGAUAAUGUAUACACUCAUACUUGCAGUAUCUUUUAAUCACUCGAAAUCGACAAACGAAAAAGGUUCUCCUGGUAUGUGCGAUCAAUCCCAAGACGAGGUUGUGUUUCGUGGUAGCAAAAGAGUGCUAAAUAAUGAACAUAGCACUUUCAAUUUCGAAUUCGAUAACAAAAUAUAUACGAGUCAUUUACGGUUACGAAAAUGGUUGAUAGGAUUGCUGAUCUUCUUGUUUAUCUCGCUAAUUGUGAUUAAUACAUUCAACACGGAUCAAUUUCGAGUGAUACGAUACGGAGCCAUUGGGGUCAAUGAUAGUUCACAAGAAAAUUAUGUAGAAUUGAAACCUUUCUUGGCUUCUAUAACCAACUCUGGUUUCCUGGUCCGCAACAAAGGUUGCCGAAUCCCAGAUAUGGAUCCUUUCGACUCGGCGAUCGUACAAUACAUUCAAAGGGAGAAACCACUUGUCUGCGAGCACGGAAAUCAUUUACCAUUGGUCGAUUCAAACGACACUGCAUUGCACGUAAAUCCAGACGCGAUCAACCAUUUUUACAAUAAUUCGGAGGAGAUCGAUUGCUGUUGGCGCCCGUUCUGGCGAAUGAAAAACGAGGAUAACGUUGUUACAUAUGGAAACGAAUGUUUCAAAUUCAAAAACUCAACGAUUGUGAAUACCGAAUUCGUGAAGAUCGAGUGUUCGCGCAAUAACGAAGUGAUAUACAAGGAUUAUCACGCAUUCGUGCCUCGUUUCCGAUCAGUGGAAAAGAAAUGCGAGAAAGCCAGAGCUGCCAAUUCGAAAACCGAACAUCUUAGCGUAUUAAUAAUCGGCCUCGAUUCGGUUUCCAGAUUAAAUUUUCAUAGAAUGAUGCCGAAAACUGUCCAUAAGUUAGAAGAGCUUGGAACGGUAGAAUUGUUGGGCUAUACCAAAGUGGCCGAUAACACUUAUCCGAAUUUAGUACCUGUUCUGAGCGGGUUAUCCGCUGGCGAAUUGCACGAUUUGUGUUGGCAAAAGAAAGAUAAAACGUUUGACGAGUGCCCCUUGAUUUGGAAAAAUUUUAGCGCGUUUGGUUAUCGAACAGCUUUUGCCGAGGAUGCUUGCGCCAUGACCACGUUCAAUUAUUUGAAACGAGGCUUUCGAAUCCAACCGACCGAUUAUUAUCUCAGACCAUUCUGCAUAGCGUCCGAGAAGGAUAUCGGCAAUACUCACAAAUUGAAUGCGAAUCUCUGCGUAGGGACCAGAAAAACGUUCGACAAUUUGUUAACUUACACGAAGAAAAUCGUCUCGCAAUUUUCCGCGGAUCCAUACUUUGCGAUGAUUUGGCAGGCUAGCUUAACCCAUGAUUUUUUCAAUUAUCCACAAUUGGGCGACGAAUCUUACUACAAUUUGAUCACGUAUCUUUACAACGAACGAUUGAUGAACAAAACGGCAUUGAUAGUGAUGAGCGAUCAUGGAAUGAGAUGGGGAAGUUUUCGGCAAACUUACCAAGGUAGAAUGGAGGACAGUCUUCCUUUCGUGUUUCUCGUAUUGCCCCGUUGGUGGAGAGAAAAGUAUCGAGUGGCUUGGACAAAUUUACGAAGAAAUACGCGGAGCUUAACUACAGCCUUUGAUUUGCACGAAACUUUGAUAGACAUAAUGAAUCUCGAAAAUCUAGAAGAAUCACGUCUUAAGACUCGUUCAAGAACAAUGCCGAAAGAUAACAAUUUGCCACGCGGGAUCAGUUUGUUUUUGCCGAUUCCUGACUAUAGGACGUGCACAAUGGCGGGUAUUGCCAGCCAUUGGUGUAUGUGUCACAACAGUUAUGAUGUUUCUGCGCAGGACGAGAAUCUCAGAGAUAAAGCGAUGUUUUUGGUCUCGGAAUUAAAUAACAUGUUGAAGAAAUUCGUGCAAUGCGCGAUUUUGAAACUGAAAGAAAUUAAAGCCGCGAAAGCGUGGAGGGACGAGGAUGAGCAAAGUCUCGUAGAUUAUACGAUCACGGUUGAAACGGAACCUGGUAACGCGAUAUUCGAGGGCACAAUACGGUACAGAAGCGAGAACAAGACUAACAAGUUGGUAGGAUCGGUUAGUAGAUUGAACGCAUAUGGGAAACAGAGUGCCUGUGUCGAUGAAUUCAAUAUGAGGCUAUAUUGUUAUUGUUUAUAAGUUUCAAUUUGUUCGAUAUUUUUUAUUAUUUUUCUUUCUCCCUCUGAAGAACUUUCUCUUUAAAAAAAAAAAAAAAACAACUUUACUCAGGAUUUCGGUAGUAUUGAAUGAAGUUAGUACGGUAGCCAGUAUACUGGGACAAAAAAAA